UUGAAAAAUCAAUUUGUUUUCGGAAACUGGUUUGCUCGGCAAGUCUUCUUUUACCAAGCAUAGCCUUUGUCUUGAUACUUUCUCCUUCCCCAUAGUGUGCGACCAAACACCGUUCUGAAUUCUUGUCCGUGAAAAAUUCGCGAUGGAAUUCUCAUCGGCGACUCAGCGUCGACUCGAAACCAUUCGGUCUCAGCUCGCUCCUUCUCCUGUCGACGAUCAAAGCCCUCUCUCCUUCAACACCACCGCUUCUCCGUUCAACCAUGUCUCAUUCCUUACAUGCCGUUUGGUAGGCGAAAAUUACAGUGUGGUGCUCCCUGAGAAGCUAGAUACUGGAAAGUGGAAUGUCUGCAGAUCUGUGCGAUCGCCGAUGAAACUUGUUAGCAGAUUCCCAAAUCAUCCUGAAAUCGGGACAUUACAUGAUAACUUUUUGCAUGCUGUUACCUUAUAUCCUGAUAACAAGUACCUGGGUACACGAGUUCGGGAGGAUGGAACGGUUGGAGAGUACAAGUGGAUGACAUAUGGAGAAACAGCUUCUGCUCGACAAGCCAUAGGUUCAGGCCUCCGACAUCUUGGAAUACAUCAAGGGGCUCGUGUCGGGCUCUAUUUCAUAAACAGACCAGAAUGGAUGGUUGUGGAUCAUGCUUGUGCGGCAUAUUCAUAUAUCUCUGUUCCUUUGUAUGAUACUCUUGGUCCAGAUGCCGUGAAGUAUGUCGUGAACCAUGCUGAUGUGCAGGCUAUUUUUUGUGUACCACAGACCUUGAAUAUGUUACUGAGCUUCCUGUCCGAGAUCCCGUCCGUCCGUCUUAUUGUGGUGGUGGGAGGGGCUGAUGAACAUUUGCCAUCACUUCCUCCGGGAUCUGGAGUUACAAUUGUAUCGUACCAAAAGCUACUGAGUCAGGGGCGCAGUAGCUUGCAACCAUUCUGCCCUCCAAAGCCUGAAGAUAUUGCAACUAUAUGCUACACAAGUGGAACCACUGGAACACCAAAGGGUGUUGUGCUGACUCAUGCAAACUUGAUUGCAAACCUUGCUGGUUUCAGCCUCGUGGUGGAAUUUUUUCCUUCAGAUGUAUACCUAUCAUAUCUUCCUUUGGCACACAUCUAUGAGCGCGCAAACCAGGUUUUGUCGGUUUAUUAUGGAGUUGCUAUUGGUUUCUAUCAAGGGGAUAAUCUGAAGCUGAUGGAUGAUUUGGCUGCUUUAAGACCAACGGUUUUCUGUAGUGUUCCAAGAUUAUAUAACCGAAUAUAUGACGGGAUUAUCAAUGCCGUAAAAACAUCUGGUGUUCUGAAGGAACGGCUAUUCCGAGCCGCCUUUAAUUCAAAAAAGCAAGCGAUCAUGAAUGGCCGGAAUCCAUCCCCUAUCUGGGACAGACUAAUUUUCAACAAAAUAAAAGAAAAACUUGGAGGUCGGGUUCGUGUAAUGGCAUCAGGUGCUUCCCCGUUGUCACCGGAUGUGAUGGAUUUCCUGAGAGUAUGCUUUGGAUGUAUGGUGCGUGAAGGCUAUGGAAUGACCGAGACUUCUUGUGUCAUAAGCUUCAUGGACGAAGGUGACAAUGAAUCGGGCCAUGUCGGGUCUCCUAAUCCAGCAUGUGAGGUAAAACUUGUGGAUGUUCCUGAAAUGAAUUACACAUCAGAUGAUCAACCAUACCCCCGUGGCGAAAUCUGUGUGAGAGGACCAAUCAUCUUCAAAGGCUACUACAAGGACGAAGAACAAACUAAAGAAGUUAUCGAUGGGGAUGGCUGGCUGCACACAGGAGAUAUCGGAUUGUGGCUACCCGGUGGUCGGCUCAAGAUCAUUGACAGGAAGAAGAACAUAUUUAAGUUGGCACAGGGCGAGUACAUUGCACCAGAGAAAAUCGAAAACGUGUACACCAAAUGCAAAUUUGUCUCGCAAUGUUUCAUACAUGGUGAUAGCUUUAAUUCCUCUCUAGUAGCCAUAGUUGCAGUCGACCCCGAUGUUCUGAGAGAUUGGGCUGCCUCAGAAGGCAUCAAGUACGAGCAUUUAGCUCAGCUUUGCAAUGAUCCUAGAGUGAGAAAGGCCGUUCACGCCGAAAUGGAUGAUGUUGGAGGAGAAGCUCAGUUGAGAGGUUUUGAAUUUGCAAAGGCUGUGACUUUGGUGGCGGAACCAUUCACCCUAGAGAAUGGCCUUCUCACUCCGACGUUCAAGAUAAAGAGACCUCAAGCGAAGGCUUACUUUGCUGAAGCAAUAACGAAGAUGUAUGCCGAAAUCGCCGCCUCAGAAUCAUUACCUUCCAAGAUAUGAUAUAUAUGGAUUUUGCUGAUGGGAGAAAAUAAAUUGGGAUAUUCUCAGACAAAAGUAAAUAAUAUCACAUCUUUGUUGUAAUUUACAACACUAAAAGAUGAAAUACAAGACGCAGAUUCUGGUUC